GUGAGGCGGCGGCGUUGCCAUGGCGGCGGAGGAGCAGGAGCGGGAUCGGGCCCAGGCCCGGGAUGAGGCCGCGUCCGGCUCGGAGGAGACGGUGAAGAUCAUCUGCCUGGGCGACAGCGCCGUGGGCAAGUCCAAGCUGCUGGAGCGGUUCCUGCUCGACGGCUUCUGCCCCCAGCAGCUCUCCACCUUCGCCCUGACCCUCUACAAGCACCGCACCUCGGUGGCCGGGCAGGAGGUGCUGGUGGACUUCUGGGACACAGCUGGGCAGGAGAGGUUCCAGAGCAUGCACGCAUCCUACUACCACAAGGCUCAUGCUUGUAUCAUGGUGUUUGAUGUGCAGAGGAAAGUCACCUACAAGAACCUGAGCAGCUGGUACAAGGAGCUGCGGGAGUUCCGCCCAGAGAUCCCCUGCAUUGUGGUGGCCAACAAAAUCGAUGCGGAUAUGAAGAUGACCCAGAAAAGCUUCAACUUUGCCCGGAAGUUCAGUUUGCCCUUUUACUUUGUGUCUGCUGCAGAUGGCACUAAUGUAGUGAAGCUCUUCAAUGAUGCCAUCAAACUGGCAGUUGCUUACAAACAGAAUUCAGGAGAUUUCAUGGAUGAGGUGAUGCGAGAGCUAGAGAGCUUUGACUUGCAGAAGCAGAGUGAGAACUUGACAGAUAAAGAGGAGAGCUGUCCUGAGGAGGAUUCCCCAUCUGCCUGAGCCCCGGGGCUGGACAGAGGCAGGUGGUUCCUCUCAUGCCCCAGGAGCUGUGCUGAGGGGCAGAUGGGCCUCCACCCUUCUUGUGGGACCCUCUCUGGGAAUGACCAACCACUUGCCAGAAGAGGCAAAGCCACCCUAGGACCUGCAGGGCAGGGCCCUGCCCCAAUGUUUCAAUGGUACCUACUGGAAAAAACAAACACUAAAG